CGAACGUUUACAUCAAUUAUUAACUCUCAAUGCCGAUAUGAUUAAAAUUUACAACGUAAUUAAUCGAACGGAUAUGACAAGUUCGUACGCGAACAUUGUAAUUCAUAAAUUGUAAUUUAUUCUCCAGGGAGAAGGAAAUAGCUAUAUAUAUUAAACCAUUUGCUGGAGAAUUAGAGUUUAACUAUAAAACGAAAGUUUCAUUAAACAAUAAUAGUUUAAGUAAUUUUGUAGAAGAUAUUUAAUAAUUAAUUGUUUUAAAAAUAUUGUAAUUCAAUCAGACAAUGAUGAAUCGUACAAUGGAUGAAAAGGAAGAAUUAGUGAAGAAGUCUUUGUUUAGUUUUGUGAGAAAGGAAGUACCCACUGCCCAGUUAAGUUUAAUCGAUGACAUUGUUUUAAGCUAUGUGGUGAGUAUGGUAGAAGAAAGCGCGCUGGAGGAAGAUUUAGAUGUUGAUGGAUUAUGCGAAAUGGUAUCUGCUUGUCUUCCUGAAUUUUCUACCAUUGAAAAAGAAGCAGUAUCCAAAUGGUUGUUGGAUAUUGAAAGUAAAUUACGGCAAGAGAGUAAGGAGAAUGAGAAUUGCCAACCUCAUGAUCCUUUAAGUCAUAUUAGCUUAACUGCUUUAUUACCUCCUGGUACACAAAGAAUGAGAGUUCAUCAUCUCUCAGAAACAAGCGAUGCUGGAAGUGAUUCAAGCGGAGAAUAUUUUUCUGAAGAAUCUUCCUGGCAUCAAGUAGCACUUUUGCAAGAAAUGUUUCCAGCUGCGAGUCUAGCAGAAGCUAGACAUUGUUUGGCAGUUGCAAGCGGUGACAUAGCAAAGGCAGCACAGCUUGCAUUGCAUCGGCAAGAGGCAGGACAAAGUAUUGUCAGUAAUCUUACAUUUUUAACACCAAACGGCCGUAACAAGGCCAGAGUGAAUGACGAAGAACUGAAAUCGCGUAUCAUUGCACGGUAUAGUUACGUCGAUAGGGAUGACGAUUCACGAGAGCAUCGUCCAGUAGCUCCGAAAACGGAACCAAAAAAGUUAGUGCGCUAUCUUGAUAACAAGAUCGUUAGCGUGAAAGGUGAACGGUAUACUGAAGUCAGAAGGGGCGGUGAAGAGGAAGAUGGCAACGAAGGUGGCAGGAAAAAAGGUCAUUCCCGACCGUAACCAGUCCCUUUGCCUCCACCCCCCGAUCCACCCCCUUGGAGGCAUCUGAUUUCAAAUUAAGGCUUUCACUUAGAUUCUCUUAUCUUGCUUAUAGAGGAAUAUGGACAGGGUGUUGAAUUUCUACGUGCACAACACUAUCUAUUUUGUUCCUUUUUUUUUUUGUUUUUUAAAGAUACAUUCGUCUUGUUCAGUCACUUUUAUCGAUUUAAGAAGUCCUCUUCGUUUUUCUUUUUUCGAUGCGUGAUAUUAUUUUUAUGUGAUUAUAUGACACAAGAGAUCUGUAGCAUUUUAAACCGUAUAUAUAGCGUAUCGUUUACUGCUGAACAUUUUUGUUUAACGGUACGUUGCGAAUUUUAACCGUUAUCAUUACACUGCAGUAUAAGUACCUGUUAUAAUAUUUAAUUUACGAUUUAAUGAUUUUUUUGUUCUCUUCUAUCGAAUAUAUAGUCGUCACGAGAGUAUUUUUUUGUGGACAGUUGUUAGGUCAGUGCUUUUAUAACAGCAAUACCGUAAAUGAUCAAUCGCAAAAGAUAAUUUAUUUUAAAGUAAUUUAUACAAGAUUUACAGUAUUUUAUUACUUUUUAAUGUUUGAAUAAUAGAAUCAUUGGUGAAUUUUGUAAAUCCAGCAUUUUGUACGGUAUACAAGGUGGCUACUAUAGACUCGAUUUUAGAAUCAGAUUCUCGAGGUCAUCACGGCCCAGUUUCUCACGUUAAUUACUGAUAAAAGCUACUGAGUGUAAGUCGUAUCCAAGGAUAUAAGUAUCCCGUAAUCAAAAGUCAAAAAGUACACUGAUUAGUUAAUUAGUUGAUUGAUUAAAAAAUCAAGAGGGUAUUUUAGAUGGGAUUAAGACGGUACCAUAUCCCUGUUAAGAGCGUGUGAGGAUUCUAUUAUUUUUUAGGAAAGUAGAUAUUAACUUUUAUUUGAUUUUAAAUACGACUUACCCUCGAAAGUUUCUAUCAAUAAGUCGAUUUAACUGAACAUUUAUUACUAUUAUUUUAUAUAAUUAUUAUAUAAAAAUUCUUUUUUAAACAUUUUUAUUAGUUAACGAUAAUUUUAAUUUGCAUUUUUUCAUACGUGUAUACUCUUUCACUAUCAAAAUAAUAUGCACUUUUUAUUUAUUAAGCAUACUGUGUGUGUCAUUAUGUUUUCAGUGAGUACCGAAUGAUUGUUACAUUACUGGUAUUAUUAAGUUCAUGACAUGUGCUGAUAUUUCUUUGAAUAGGAUAGAACUGUAUAUUUUAUAACGUUAUAUAUAAAUAAGAACACUCGGUUGAUCUUCUUUUUGAAAUGUCGUCAGAACUAAGUGAAACACUCACUUUUUCUCUUACUAUGUAUGUAAUGAAAUUACAUUUAAGAACGAUAAAAGUAAUACGUGAUAUGAUAUCUCGGCAAGAGGACCUUGCGAAAAAAAAACACUAAAAUAAAAUGAAAUAUAACAAAAAAUUUUAGGAAUUUUUAUGUGCAUAUUUAUUUGAUCAAAUAAAAAAAUAUAACUAUCCUAAGCAUGCAUAGUAAGAAUUACUGUCUAUAAUAUAAUCAGAAUUCACUAAAAGUUCAAUACAAUAUUGAUUGUAAAAAAGAGGUAUCAUUACUGUAAUUGUAAUGAAUUGUGUGCAUACUGAAUCUUUGGGUAUUGCAAAAAUUAUCAAAUUGUAGAUUUCCAAUAAUGAAUUUUAGUAUACGUACUAGGUAGGUAAAAGAAAAAAGAAAAAGAAAAAUAUAUAUAUAUAUAUAUAAAGUAUAUACAUGUAUUAGAUAUCUAAGCGAGAUAAAAAAAUGCUUACCGCGCCAUAUAAUUUACCAGUAUUACUAUUGUUAUUGCUAUUAUUGCAAACUUUAAAGUGUAGGCAGAUGUAAUCAUUAAAAUUUUUGAAUAUCUACAUGGUGAACGAUGUACACUCAAUAAUAUACGCUAGAGUGCGUGUUUUGACAAUGAAUUGAUAGAAACACCAAAUUACGAUGAUUAUUGCAAUUAUGAAUUAAUAUUGAAAAAUUGUAACUAAUUGAAAAAUAUAACUUUUAUAUUUUA